ACGAACGGCUGUGGAGGAUGAAUGACAGGAAACUUGCUUCCGACGCGACCUACCACGCCCUGUGCACGAGCAAUUUGCGGGCUCGUGUACGUGUGGUGUGAGACAUCCCCCGACAUCCUGCUCAAUUUGCGCUUCCCCCCACCACCACCACCAGCAUCCAUGGCGAUGAUGCGUGUGAUGCGUGCUGUCCCAUCUGGUGCACUUGUGGCGGCCCUGCACAUGCACAUCGCCAUUCCCGCCAAUGUCAUUUGACCAAUGACUGGAUGUGCUGUUUGUCAGCUCUUCUCUUUUGCUGUGACACUUUUCCCGUCCUUCCUCAUCGUUCUUUCAACGUUGCCCGCCUUCCUGCCGAUAACUUGCUGUCCACACGCGCAGGGGCGUAAGCACGCCCAUGUGUACACGUGUUCGUAUGCACGUGUUCGUCCUUCCUUCUUCUCGUCUCCUCGUUCUUCUUCCUUCCUUCUUCCUUCUUUCGUCCCCAGCCCCAACCGUUAACGCCUCAUUCAGCCGCCAAAUUCAAAUUUGUCAUGUCUGUCUCUUGCACUACUGUCACUUCUCUCUCCCCCUCUCCUGCCCUCCUCUCCCCCUGUCCUCAACUUGACUAUUCUCCUUCACUCGCCCCCACGUCUCUUCUGACUCUCUUUGUGCUUGCAAGCCAGCGCCGCAGCCGUUGUUUGUGUUGUCGAAAUAUUAUUAUUAUGUGUUGUUGUCGUUGUCUGCGGCUGCUUGGGUAUGGCUGGCGUGCUAUAUUGCUGUAUUACUUCUUCCUCCCCAUCGCAACGGUCAUUUUCUUCUCUUGUCGCACAUCCACACAUCUGCCACCGCUCUCUCGCACCUGCUGGCACGUUCACCCCUUCCCAUCUCCACCAAGAAGCGAGCAAACCAAGCAUGUCUUGCACCGUUGACGAGCUCUCCUCCUCCUUCCCCGUCGACCUGACGGUGAGCACGGGUGUCAGCAUUGCCCCGCGCAGCGACAAGCCAGCCAAAGGAGUACAUGCACGCACCCAGGACCGCCAGCAAGGCCCCUGGCACAACGUGCUUCGUUUGCCCAGGCGCCGCCGCCGCCGCCCCUCGCUCCCGGCCACCGAGUCCAGCCCCGCUGCUGCCCGUGGUGGUGGCCGCCGCUCCCGCCGCGUCACAGACACGGAUCUCCUUGCCGUGACCCGUCGUGACGAGGAAACGGGUGCACCUGCUCCUGCUGGCCCCCGCCCGCGCCGUCGUCGCAGCUCGGCGAUUGUGCGGCGCGUGAGCAGCGCCCUGCGCAUUGUCGGCUCUGCCGUGCGCGCCAUUGUUCGCCGUAACCGCGCCCCAAGCACCAACAACAGCGACGAUGGUGAUGCCAAUCGCCUGCACGAGGUGUGGAACCGGCGCGAGAUUGACGGCCACGAGUACACGGGCGGCAUGGUGGUGGUUGGGGGAGGCACGCGCGCGCCACCCAACACGCCCGUCACGCCACGGCGCGGGGAGCCGCCCAUGCUGCCGUCCACGCGGUGCAACUGCCGGUCCUGCGCCGCGGUCAUGGAGCUGAUGCGCCUGCGCGAGCUGCAGGAGCUGAAGAGGGACGAUGAGUGAGUCAUUGAGAGGGGGGGGGGGUGUAGCGAUGAUUGCGGAAGAGGUGGUGGAGGGAUCACUCCAGUGUUCCAGCUCCAGGUUGACCAGCGCAGCUGCAUGUCUUGCAUGUUCUGUUUGCUUGCUUGCUUGUGUGCUCACUUGCCUUUUGUUGGUUGCACCUUGGUGUGCUCUUUUUCAAGUCUGCACAGCGUUUGCUUUGCCGUGCUUCCCCUCCCUCCUCUUCGCUGUGACUGCCUUCUUCUCUCUCUCUCUGCGUUCUGCGUUCUUGCUGUGAUGUGUGCGAUGUGUGUUAUACACGAUUCCCUGCUUGUGCUCUGCACACUCCUACUCACAACGCCUCACGCGCCUCUUGCGUUUUCCAUCCCAUACACACGCCCCUGUCUUCGCACUGAUGCCCUUCCUUCCAUAAACAGUUCCAUCGCU